AUGAUUUUUAUACUUUUAUUUAUUACUAUUGUUCUACUGGUAUUCUAUUUCAAACAAAAAUACUUUACUUUUCAUGGUCCUAUACCCGGUUUAUCACCACACUUUCUAUUUGGAAAUUUACUUCAGUCAGGUUUUUUCAAAGGUGAAUCUCCACCUUACAUUUUAACAACAUUCAAAAAACGUUUUGGUGAUAUUUUUCAAUUUUGGUUCGGUCCUUACCGAUUUAUUAUUGUAAACAAUAUUACUGACGUCGAACAUAUAUUCACUCAUAGAAAUAUUUAUGAUCAAGGUGAUAUAUUUAUCGAUAAAUUUAGUAUAAGCUAUUCUGAAAGUCUUGUUUCUACUAAAGGCUCUAAAUUCAAACGACAUAUUUCACUUACUUUACCUUUAUUUCGACGAGGUAAAAUCAUUUCGAAUUUAGAUUUGAUUAUUGAUUGUACGGAUAAAUUAUUGUCAAAAUGGCGUAAAGCUGAUCCAAAAUUGAUUCAUAUCGAUAUUGUUGAUCAAUGUCAAAAUCUUUUACUUGCUAUUUUCGGAUUUAUUGGAUUUAAUUAUGAUUUGGAAACACUCAAUGAUGAAAGUAUGUCAAACGAUAUUGAACUCACUCAAGCAUUACGAGACGUAAUCAAUAGUAUCAUGACAGUUCUCUGUUUGCCUAGAAUAAUAGCUAAGAUUUAUGUAAAUCUCAAUUAUCGACAACGAAAAGCACGAAAAGUUAUCGAACAAUAUAUUUAUAAAAUAAUUGAACAUGAACAAGAGACUAAUCCAGAAUUGAUCGUACAACGAAAGCGAACAUGUUUAAUUUCUUCAUUAGUUGGAUCUUUACAAACGAAUGAAAAAUCAGAAGCAAUGAAAAAGGAAGAACAGAAAAAAGGACUAUCAAGAAGUGAAGUUGUGGAUGAAAUGGUAGCUUUUUUAGUCGCUGGCUUUGAAUCAACAUCAUCAGUCUUAUCUUGGUUCAUUUAUCUGAUGAGUAAACAUCCAGAAGUACAACAAAAGAUCAAAACAGAAUUAAUGAAUAAUAAUAGUCGCCAGCAUUUAUCAUUAGAUCAUCUCGAUUCUAUAACCUAUUUGGAUUGUGUUAUCAAUGAAGUACUCCGCUUUAUUCCACCUGCUACUGGUACGAUUCGUACAUUAACUAUAGAUGAUCGAUUACCUGCAACUAAUGUUCAAUUAUUCAAAGGUGAAUCAGUGAUGAUUCCGUUUUAUAAUCUCGCACAUGAUACUCGAUAUUGGUCGAUCGAUCCAGAAAUCUUUUAUCCUGAAAGAUUCCUAGCUGAAGACAAAAAUCAUCAUCUUUAUGCAUUGAUUCCAUUUGGUGGUGGUCAUCGACAAUGUAUCGGGCAAGAUCUUGCUCGAUUUGAACUGAAAGUGAUUACAGCUCGAUUAAUGCAAUAUGUUACAUUUAGUGAUGGUGGUCCUCAAGUCAAUGCUGGUGGACAUUCAAUGAGACUUGCUAUCUUACCUAAACAUAUCGGAGUAUUCAUUGAUUUUGAUUAA